AUGUUAUAAGCACAUAGAUUAAUCAAAUUGUCUGAUAUGGAAUAGAAAGAAAAUUAAAGAUAUUCAGCAUAAGUAUUUAGAUAGUAUGAAUAAGCAACUUAAUUUUCUAAAAUGUAAGCUUUAAAUAUGGGAUUAAUGGAAGGAGAAGGUUUAUAUGCAUUAAUUUUAAUCUUAUUUUAAGGUUGUUAUCUAGUUGCCACUGGAUAUUUAGAUCCAGAAUUAACAAAAUACUUUAUUUAAGCAGUUUAUAUGGUCAAUACUGCUGCUAUUUAUAAAACUAUACUUGAUAUACAUCCAAAUCUUCAUGAAUCAGAAUUUUUUAAUCAACCAGAUUUGACUUAUUAUAAGGACCAAGUGGAUCUGGUAAAAUAAUACCGUAAAUUUAUUAACUAAAUUAUUAACACCAUCACCAGGUGAAAUCUUAAUUGAUGGAGAACCUCUAUCAAAAAAAGAUUUUAAAUUGAUUUAAUAAUAUAUUUCUUAUGUUUAAUAGGAUGGAAUCAUAUUUAAUGCAACUGUUUAUGAGAAUAUCAUCUAUGGUAAUCAUGGAUAUGACCAGAGAAUGAAAAGAAUUAUUUUGGCAGCUAAAAUGGAAAGAGCACAUGAUUUUAUAUAGAAUAUGUAAAAUAAAUAUUAGACUAAAUUAAAAUCAGAUGGAACAACUUCAUUAUCUGGAAGAUAGAAAUAUAUUUUAUUAUAAAAUAUUUUAUAACAAUAAUAAAUAAAGAAUCUUAUAAUAAUAUUACUUUUUGAACAAUUUAUCUAAGUUUAUAUUAAAUUAUUUUAAAUUCAAAUUAAUAAAAAACUUAAAUUGUUUCAUAUUUUUUAGUGAGAUAUAGAAUUUGUUUAAUUAAGUUAUGAUCAAUGUUUCUUCUCUAUUCAUUCUUUUGAAACUAUUAAGAGUCUAAAAUUAUAAAAUCAAUUCUUUUAUAAUAAUAAAUGCUUUCAUCAGAGUAUAUGUUUUAUUAGCAAGUACAGAACCUAUGAGAAUAAAUGUUUAUUAAGAUGGUCUAGUUAUAUUUGCUAUUAAACCAUAUGUAGCACCUACUUCUAAUAAUCUUGAAGAUGUUUGUAUACAUUUGACUAAUUAUGCUAUAAAUAAAGAAAAUCCUAAUUUUAUAUUCAAUAAUGAUGUAUCAAAUAUAGAUGUUGGGCAUAAAAGAUCAAUUAAAUCUGUUUUUGAUAAAUUAGAAUAAGAAGGAUACAAUAUCCAAAAAUUAUGGUAAGAUAUGUACAAAUUAUUUAUUAAAACAUUUUGCACAGUUCAACCUAUUUUUAAUCAUCAUUAAAAAUCAUGUUAACUAGAUAAUUAUGCAAACAAUAUGUGCUUUGAAAUAUUAGGUUUUGAUAUUUUCUUAAAUCAUAAACUCUAGUCAUAUUUAUUGGAGGUUAAUCUCACACCCAGUUUUUCAACUGAUACUCCUUUAGAUUCUCUUAUUAAAAAAAAUCUUAUUAUGGACUCUCUUAUUUUAAUGAAUGUUAGUUUUAAAGCAAAUGAAUAAAUUAUAUCCUCCAGAAAAGAAUAAUUACAAUUAAGAUUCUAAACAGGCUAAAAACAGAAACUUACUUGAUAAGAAAAUAGACUGUAAUUGAAAAAUAGAAAAAACUUAGGGACGAGUAUGAAAAUAAAAAUCUAGGUGAUUAUAUUAAAAUAUAUCCAUUAUAAGAUUCUGGAGAAUAUACUCGUUUUACAGAAUUUGCAUCUUAAUUAUUAGAUAAUUGGACUGGAACAAGUAAAUAUAAAACUAAUUUAUUUAAGAUAUCAGAAAGAACUAAAAAAAAGAAAUCAAUGAAACAUCUAAUAAAAAUAUCAGAUAAAGUGUGAAUUCAUCACUAAGACCAUCAAUUCUUCCAAAAAUAAAGGAUCGAUAAAUCAAUUUAUCUGAAUACUAAAAUGAUGAAUCAGAGAUUAAAAAUAUAUCAAGAUAAGUUGCCAUUUAAUAUUAAAUAAAAAAAUAGGUAUUUUUAUAAUAUAUAUUUUUAAGUAAUAAUUAAAUAUGAAAGUAGUAUAAUAAAUAUCAUAAUCAUUUUUUAUUUAGAUAUCUGAAAUAAUUAAAAUCAACUUUGUUCUUCUAAUAAGAAAUAACAAUUAUUUAAAAUUCAAUAAAUGUGACAAUAUAACCUUAAUAUAAUAUAAUAUAUUAAGCAUUUUUUAAUAAAAAUUCAACACAUUAUAAGGUUUUUCUAAAAUUUUGAAUAUGUUAUGA